AUGAAGACAUCUUAUUUCUCUUCUCUCUGCACGCUUCUAUCUCUUCUCAACGCAGGAGCCGUAAGGGCCAAGGAAAAGGAGAACCCCAUUCUUUUCCUCAGCGAAGAUGACAGCUUCAACUUUGACAUCCUCACUGGACUUGGUCAAAUGGCCAACGACGGCGCAGACGUCAAUCCCGUUCUGAGCGCCGCCAAAAAGAUCAUCCCAGGCGAUUUUGAAAGCUAUAUUAAAUCAUGGUUCGAUCUUGCAAACAAUACCAAGACCCAAGCUCUUGACCCCAAGGUUGCAUACGAUCCUAUCAAUGUCAGGGCAACUUGGUUCUCUGUGUCGAACUAUUUCCGCCGUGCUGAUGCUUACAAUCGUGCUAAUUGGGAUGAUCCUCGCAUCAACGAUUAUUGGGAUGAGCAGCGUGCUGCUUUUGAUAAAGCUAUUGCUGCUUUGCCUGUUCCAGCUGAGAGAGUUGAGAUUCCUGCUGGUGAUUUCAACGUCUCUGGAAUCUGGUAUUCUCAGCCUAUCAAGAAUAACCAGACAAAGCUACUUCCUACUCUCAUGCUUACUCAGGGUUUUGAUGCCGCUCAAGAGGAUCUGUACUCAACUGUCGUCGCUCCAGCCCUUGCUCGCGGAUAUAACAUCUUCUCUUUUGAAGGUCCAGGUCAGCCAACUGUUCGCCGAGAACAAGGUGUCGGCUUCAUUCCGGACUGGGAACGAGUCGUUACUCCCGUCGUCGACUAUCUGCUCUCUCAAAAGUCUUCCUUCAUUGACCCCAAGAAGCUGGUUCUUUAUGGACACUCUUUCGGGGGCUAUCUUGCCGCUCGUGCAGCUGCAUUCGAACCUCGACUAACUGCCCUGAUGUUGAACGGUGGUAUUUGGGACGCAUACACUGGAUACGCCGCUCAUUUAACCCCAGAGCUUCGCAAGCUUCUCGAGACAGGUGAUAAGGAAGCAUUCGACAAGGCCAUGAGCAAAAUCCACGACGAUCCAGAUAUCCCUACCACUACCAAAUGGGGCAUCCUGCAGGGUCUCUGGUGCUUCAAAACCAAAUCCCCUUACGAAUUCUUCCAGUUGACCAAGAGCUAUAAUCUGCGAGGCGGUAUCACAGACCGUAUCCAGAUGCCAGUUUGGAUUGCCGACGGAGAAUUCGAAACACUUCAGUCUGGACAGUCUAAGCCAGUUGCAGAAGCUUUGGGAGACCGUGCUGAACUUCACAUGUUUAAUGGUACUGCUGGAUAUCACUGUCAAACUGGUGCUCCUCAGGAGUUUGGUCGAGUGAUUUUUGCGUGGUUGGACAAGAUCUUGAAUAAGAAUUAGGUGCCAUCGUGGGCAUAAUAGUGGCAGACUAGUGAGUAGUGGAGGACAGCAUGAUACCAUGCACUCAGAUACAACUAUCGAUGCCCAGCUCCCUCACCAAUUC